AUGAACUUAAAGGAAUAUUUAGCUAUCUUAGAAACUGGUAAAACAGUAGAACCAGACUCCGAAGCUUAUGCCUUCAUGCAUAAAGUUAGUCAAGAAGCAAUUAAAGUAACUAUGGAAAUGAACAACAAAUAUCAUGAACCAUCUGAACUUAGACAAUUGUUCUCCAAAUUAAUAGGCAAAGAAGUCGAUGAAAGUUUUGGGCUCUUUCCACCUUUCUAUUCAGAUUGUGGGAAACGUAUUACUGUUGGUAAAAACGUCUUUAUUAAUGCCGGUUGUAAAUUUCAAGAUCAAGGUGGGAUUACGAUAGGAGAUGGAUGUUUGAUAGGACAUAAUGCUGUACUGGCUACUAUUAAUCAUGGUCUUGAUCCUGCUAAGAGACAAUCCUUGAACUUGGCUCCAAUUGUACUCGAAGAAAACGUUUGGUUAGGCGCCAAUGUAACUAUUAUACCUGGUGUUCAUAUUGGGAAAAACUCAGUAGUAAGCGCGGGAGCAGUCGUUACGAAGGAUGUCCCUGCUAAUUCUAUUGUUGUUGGUGUACCUGCUCGUGUCAUUAAAACAUUAGAUGGAGCAAGUAACGAUGAAAAAAACACUUUGAUGAAUAAUUAA